AUGAGCCACUGCGAUAACGGCUGGAACGUAAAUGUCGUCCGUUUUCUUCCCCUCGUGCUCAGGUUCUACAUCGUGACGUGGAACGUCAGCACCAAGUUCCCGGAAAACAUCUCCCUCAAUCGGUUGUUAGGACUUGAGAAUCGUCCCGAGCAGGACACGCAUUUGCCGGACUUUUUCGUGGUCGGUCUCCAGGAGGUGAACGCGCAACCACAGAACACACUGUACAACCUAUUCAAGGAUGACCUGUGGACGCAAAAGUUCAAGGAGGUGCUUAAAGAACGGGACUAUGUAGUAAUCAAAACGGAGCAAAUGCAGGGUCUGCUUUUGUCGGUGUUUGCGCGCCGGAAACACCUGCUGCAUCUGCGACAAGUGGAGACGGAGUACACCAGAACAGGUCUCGGUGGAAUUUGGGGCAACAAGGGCGCCGUUAGCAUACGUUUGAACGUGUACGGCAGCUCAAUAUGCCUGGUGAAUGCACAUCUGGCCGCACACGAUCACAUGCUGGAGGAGCGUAUCAACGAUUACGAGCGGAUUGUGCAGGAGCAAAAAUUCCAUGUGAAGACCAAGGAAACUAUCUUCGAACACGACUACGUGUUCUGGUUCGGGGAUCUGAACUUCCGGCUCACGGGAGAGGCGACAACGUCCGCCGAUGAGAUCCGCGCCAUGGUGGCACGCGACGAGCUGAAGCAGCUGAUCGAGAAGGAUCAGCUGCUGCUAGUGCGUCGCGAAGGCCGUGCAUUCAAGGAGCUGCAAGAACGGUUGCCCCAGUUCCCGCCAACGUUCAAAUUUGAGCACGGUAGCAACGACUACGACAUGAAGCGACGACCUGCCUGGACCGAUCGGAUAUUGUAUGCGGUGAAUGAAAGCAAGUAUCGCAACGUCCACCUCACGGUGGAGCAAACGUCCUACAAGAGUCAUCCGAGCUACAGUAUUAGCGAUCACAAGCCAGUGUCCAGUGAGUUCACGCUCAAGUGUACGCUGGGGCUUAAUCGAGAUGAGAACGGCAAUCUGUUCCCUGCGACUAACAAGAAGCACAAGGUGGUGCGCCGCAAAAAACGACGUCCCGUGGCGGUGCAUAGCAGAGUUGGUGCACUGGCGGACGCUCCUAGGGAAGCUAGGGUCAAUCGCAAGCCUCAGUACAAUGAUGAACACUUCCGGAAAGAAUAUAACAACCGUCUCAGCUACAAACGCGCAAUAGCGAAUAAUCACGAUGUGCAUUCUUUCGACGAUAUCGCUGCGGAUCUAAUUGAUGAUGGACAGGUGUACGAGGAUACGACCGAACGUACGAUCAGCUUCAAGCCAAUUGACCUCUGGUUGGUCGGGGAACCGAACACGAUUGAGUACGUCAUUCCGACCGGGUUUGAAGAAAGCAAUGCCGACUGGAUCGGAAUCUACCGGGAGAACUUUACUAGUCUAAGCGAGUACCUGGCCUACGAGUACACCGAAACGUACAAGGACAAGCAGCACCAGCUGAAUGAGCAGCAGCUGCAGCAUCUACAGAACACCCACACGGUUCAGUUGACGUUCUCCGAGAAUGUUAGUCUGCCGCUCGGGUCGCGCUAUCAACUGCUGUACUUCCAGAGCACGGGAACGCGAGGUGUUACGGGUCUAGUCGGCAUCAGCAGCCCAUUCGCAGUGGAGAAACGGUGUCCUUCUCCUACCUUCGACGAUAUCGAUUGAUCGCGGCCCA